AUGGCUACAAAGAAACUGGCCAAAGAGCUUGGACUGCUGAGGCAGCGCAGUCAGUCCUCAGGAAAGAAACCAAUGGUAUUAAAUCAAAUAUUUUCAUACUUGAUUGUGAUUGAUUUCGAGUCCACUUGCUGGAGAGAGAAAAACAACUACACCCAGGAAAUUAUUGAGUUUCCUGCUGUUCUGUUGAACACGUCCACGGGGGAGAUCGAGUCUGAGUUUCACACUUAUGUUCAACCUCAAGAGCGCCCUGUUCUGUCCGAGUUCUGCACUGAGUUGACGGGGAUCACACAGAUGCAAGUGGAGGCAGGGAUCCCCCUCCAGAUCUGUCUUUCUCGGUUCAGCCGCUGGUUACAAAACCUGCAGCUCCAGAUGGGAGUGGUCUUCUCCAACAGACAACAGAAAUGUUCUGCACCUUCAGCCUCUCAAAAACUGUGUACUUUCCUCACAUGGUCAGACUGGGAUCUUGGAGUUUGUUUGCAGUACGAGUGUAAACGUAAGCAGAUCCAUAAACCUGAUGUUCUCAACAGCUGGAUAGAUCUGAGAAGCACAUACAGGCUGUUUUACAACAGAAAGCCAAAAGGCCUGAAUGGGGCACUACAAGAUCUGGGGAUACAGUUUUCUGGGAGAGAACAUUCUGGUGUGGACGACGCCAGAAAUACAGCUCAGUUGGCAGCGAGGAUGAUGAGGGAUGGGUGUGUGAUGAAGAUAACGAGGAGUCUGGACAGGACCCCACCAACAGUCAAACCCAUGUUUGGAAACUCAGCCUGUCCCGCACACAAGACAGAAAAACCCAACACAAAUAAAGAAGAAAAUACAAAUACUACAAAUAAACCUUCAUCAUCCAAGAUUCCUUUAAAAUCCGGUCAGAUAAAAUCAUGUCCGAAUAGCAAUACGAAGAUUUUAACCACAGAGGAGAACUCGAGCUCAGUUCAAAGCCUGGUGUCACCGAAGACUCUGCUGAACGGUGCAACAACGCCACUAUGGGGACGCAACAGGAAGAGCAGCAGUGGGUCAGUGGGUCUUACCAAUAUUUCCUCUUCAGUUAUGACCAAAUGUCCGUCACCAUUCAACAACAACCACGACAGCAGCAGCAGCAGCAGCCUUGUUAUGUGUUCUACUACUAUCGACUUCUUCUCCCACCUGCCUCAGCACAACCAGACCUCAAAAACAACAACAGCUGGAUUCAUGAGGAAAGAGGAAGUUGUAGAACUGUUAGUAGAAGGUGAGGACAGGUGUGGCUCGUAUGAUGACGUGGUGUUGGACGGUGAUGACGCCAGCGUUGAAACCGACAGAGAAUUUGAGUACAUGGCAGAUUUUGACGGCAUGUGUUACGUGUCAGAUGAACCUGAUGAUUCACAUUCACGAGCGGGACGGGUGACAUUAAGAGACGAUGUAAGAGAAACUGUGAGCGCUGGAAGUAAAACUCAAAGGAUAGAGACCACUGAGGCAUCCACAACGUCCCACAUUAACGUCUCCGGUCAGUUAAAUAAGACGAGGCAGCAUUCAACCAUCUCGGAGCCAGAAGCUUACUUUGCUGUGCCUCAAACUGUUAUUUGGAGCUCCAAAUCCAAGCAGCAAAAAUCAAGAAUGAGAGCUCCGCUACCCCAAGAGAAACCAGCUGUGUCACAUGACAACUCUAAAAUGAACACACCUUCUAUGUUCAGGUUGAAUCCCUUCGUCCCAGAGCAAACUUCCACCCCUCAUACCUCAUUUACCAGACCCAAAGCAACGGUCACACAACACACAAUGAAGUACAAAGAGACUCCAAAGUCUUCUUUCAGCAUCUACACUGACUCAGUGAAACAGGACGCAGCUCCCUCCUCUCUUAACUUCUCCAAGAACGUCCUUUCCUCUUUGUCGACCAACACGUUCUCCUCAUCAAUACAUCAAUCCUCCAUUCCUGUGAAUGUCCAAGGGAAAACUUCCACCCCUAAUAUCUCAUUUGUCAAACCCAAUGCAACCAUCACACAAUACAAAAAGCACAAAGAGACUCCAAAGUCUUCUUUCAGCAUCUUUACCGACUCAGCGAAGAAGGACGCAGCUCCCUCCUCUCUCAACUUCUCCAAAAAUGUCCUUUCCUCUUUAUCAACCAACACGUUCUCCACAUCUAUCAAUAGAUCCUCCAAUCCUGUAAAUGUGACAGAGAAAACUUCCACCUCUAUUACCUCAUUUGCCAAACCCAAAACAACCAUCACACAACACACAAAGCAAAAAGAGACUCCAAAGUCGUCUUUCAGCAUCUUUGCCGACUCAGCAAAACAGGACACAGCUUCCUCCUCUCUUAACUUCUCCAAGAACGUCUUUUCCUCUUUGUCAACCAGCACGUUCUCCUCAUCUAUCAAUCGAUCCUCCGUUCCUGCGACCAUGAGAGGAAGAGGACCAGGAGGAGGAGGGAAGAUCACCUCCCCACUGUGUGGAUGUGGCCGCCGUGCAAAGCGUCAGGUUGUGUCCAACGGUGGUCCGAACCACGGCAGAGGGUUUUAUUGCUGUGCAGUCCGUCGGUCGGGCAGCGGCAACAGGAUCCAGAAAGGAUGCGAGUUCUUCAAGUGGGAGUCGGCGCUGAUGAAGAGCAGCUCAGUGGUUUCUCCUGCUGUCAGGUCCUCCGUCUCACUGUGUCAGAUUAACUCUACUGUCAGCUGUCGUCCUCCACAGAGUUCAUCACUAAGAAAGAGCUACUAAGAGCUGUUAACUGUAUCUGCCCCCUUCUACCUCUUUUACACUUUGAGACACCUUAAAUACAAACUGUGAACAAUUCUUACAAA